AUGGGCACUCACAAACCAACCUCAUCCUGCUCUUCGAAGAAACAUGGUCACAAGAGCCCUACAUCCAUCCUCCGCUCUCCAGUCUCCUCUUCCUGUCUAUCCGACUACAAGCGACGAAAGGAGAAGAGAGCGAAGAAGGUCAGGUGGGACACAAAGCGCCUCGAGGAAACUAUGAAGAUGAUUGAGACGACGCUUGAAGAUGGUCUCCUUCCUAGUGAAAUCUAUAUGCACGCCCCUGCAGAGGUCGAUGAAAACAUGGAGGAGUGUACGCAAGAUUUGAGUCAGCUGCAGAUUGAGAGCUCUAGCAAGGAGGAGGGAGAGCAUAUGAACGUGGAUGGGGAUGAGGAUAGGGAUGCGGACGCGGAUGUGGAUGGAGAGCCCGAGUUGGUGGAGCAGUUUACGAACAAGGUUCGUCUGUGA